ACGGUCACCGACAUGUUUAAAAGUCAUGUUUGAAGGAGAGUGCCAGUGAACGACUAAGUUGUCGACAGUUGCAUAUAAGCCGACAUUUCACUGAAUGAAAUGGUUUCUGUAACUGAAAGAUGAAGUUAUCAUGAAUACAGCUCGAAUUCUACUACGGAGUCAGUGUGUACGGUGCCUAGCACCCUUCGCCAGGACCACACACCUACAGGCUGUGCUCUCCAAUGGAGGCCUGGCACAUUGCUCCCUCGGUCUAAGCAGUACCGGUGUCCAGCAGGUGCACCGGGCAUUCCAUGCCAGCUCCAGGUACGACAAGAACCAGCCUGUGCCCUCAACUCUCAGAGGAAGUGAGGAGGAUGGCAACAAGGACAAGUCGUUGGUUGCCCAUGACGACCUGUUUGAAAGGGCGGGCAAAGAGGCAAAGAACAAAGCCACAUUCAACAAGGUCGUGGAGGUUUUCAACAAGAGGGAUGUGCGCCGGCGAGGCCACGUGGAGUUCAUAUACGCAGCGCUGAAGAAGAUGCCAGAGUUCGGGGUGGAGCGAGACAUCACCGUUUAUAACAAGCUCUUGGAUGUUUUUCCCAAGGAGGUGUUUGUGCCACGGAACUUCAUCCAGAGGAUGUUCAACCAUUACCCACGGCAACAGGAGUGCGCAGUAGAAGUGCUGGAACAGAUGGAGAAUCAUGGAAUCAUGCCAAACGUGGAGACCAAGGUCCUCCUGGUGCAGAUCUUCGGGCCCAAGGGCCACCCGGUGAGGAAGUACCAGCGCCUCAUGUACUGGUUCCCCAAGUUCAAGCACGCUAACCCGUUCCCUGUGCCCCACGAGCUGCCCGCAGACCCGGUGGACCUGGCCCGCUUCAGCCUCACGCGCAUCGCCAACGACAUGGACACCAGAGUCACCGUCUAUCAGAUGCCCUACACAGACAUCACAGAGACUGGCGAGGAGGUCCAGGAGCCGCACAUUGUUGGGAUCCAGAGUCCAGACCAGCAGGCCCUCCUGGCCAAGCACAACCCCAGCAAGCCGGUGUUUGUGGAGGGACCGUAUCCCCUGUGGCUCAGGAGGACCUGCGUCUACUACUAUGUGCUGAAGGCAGACCCGGUGCCACCUGAGGAGAAGGUGGAGGAGUACAUGGACCUGGAGCUUGUGGGUCCUCAGCAAUCUAUUCACUACCCUCUGUGGAUAGACAUGGAUCUUCAGCGUGACAUGGGGGAUGAUUUCAGCUUCAAUGUGGACGACGUGGAGGAGGGGGCCAUCUACGCCAUGUGUAUGGCCGGCCAGGGUGACCAGGUCACUCUGGCCCGCUGGAUCGCAGGCCUCCAGGAGACCAACCCUAUCUUGGGUCGCAUCCCCACCGUCUUCCGCCUGGAGUCCGGGCCCCGGGAGCUCCAAGACCUCACGGAACCACAGCGGCCUCCAGGAGCGGACAUGGAGGCGGAACACAGCUCAGAACCUGACCAUGUCAUGGACCAGCAGCUGGGGGGGCAGAGAGUGAAGCAGUGAGGGCCGCAGGGAGGGUCAGCAGCUUACUGCAGCGUCAUGCCAACGUGUCCCAGGUCUACUCCAAGAGGAUUAGAUGAUAACCCUAAUGUAAUAUUAGUUCCAACACUCAGAUACUCCUGAGGGGCUAGCUGGCUUAGUUGUGCUUUGCUGGGAUUGCAACUUGAACUCUACAAGAAGACCGGAUACUCAGUCAUCCCUAACAGCAAAAAAAUAAAGACGGUUCAGUGCAUCAUCUGUUUGCAAAAGGUCCUCUGCUGAUGCACGUGUGUGGACACUCUUGUUAAAUACUGAAGACAUAUUUUUAUUUUAUGUAACUGGUUCAGAUUCAAACCUUUUUGUUUAUUUUGACAGUCAUUUUAAUCAGAAAUAUGUCCAUUGGUGGUAAUGUCUGAGUGAAUGUGUAUUAUUUAAAUGUAUGAAAAUGAAAUCAUGCAAUAUUGUAACAACUGAGUAAAAAGGUAAAGUCUGUAUUUAUGUGA